ACAGAUCAUAUACUUUUUUUAUUUUUAGAACCUUCUCUUCUGCCAUGCAUAGCCGUGUGCCGGGCUUAGCAGAUAGUUUUGCCUUAAUCCGCACCCGGCACCCGCUAGCGUCCACUGUUCCCAUGUGAUAAUAGCGGCCCCCAGCAGGCCCAUCCCACCUGCAGCCUGCAAUCCCCCCCCAACGGCACCAAAGGUAAGUCCCCAGUAUCAUCAUCAUCAUCAGCCUCUCAGACCACUCAAUUUCUACCCCCCUCCCAAAAGGCCGCCCCAAAGAGAAACUUCAAUGCCUACCUUGAAGCAACGAAAGGUCGCCAUCGUGGGCAGUCGAUCUGUUGGCAAAUCAUCGCUCGCCGUGCAGUUCGUCGAUGGUCACUUCGUCGACAGCUACUACCCCACGAUAGAGAACACCUUCAGCAAGACUAUCCAGUAUAAGGGACAGGAUUACGUCACGGAGAUCGUCGACACCGCGGGACAGGAUGAAUACAGCAUUCUCAACUCGAAGCACUUCAUCGGCAUCCAUGGCUACAUGCUAGUCUACUCAGUGUCGUCCCUGCCAUCCUUUGAAAUGGUCCAGGUCGUCCGCGAGAAAAUCCUUAAUCAUCUAGGUACCGAGUCCGUUCCCAUCGUCAUAGUAGGUAACAAGAGCGACCUCCGACCAGAGCAGCGCCAAGUCAGCCCCGAAGAAGGCAAGAAGCUGUCAGAAAAGUUCGACUGCGGCUGGACCGAGGCCAGUGCAAGGUACAACCAAAACGUCGGCAGGGCGUUUGAGCUCUUGAUUGCCCAGAUUGAGAAAUCUCAGAACCCUGGCGAGCCCCCUGCCAAGAGCAAUUGCAUUGUGAUGUAG